ACCAUCUCCAAAUUAUAUUUAAGCAGUUUCCACUCUACCAUUGGCCCAGGACUCCUUUGUCUCUUUCCGAACCCUUCAAUACAUCCCCAAAAUGACUAUCCAUCAAGUUCAAUCCCGCAGCAUCUACCACGGCCUCCCAGUCUACCCGAAGGAGCUUAAAGGCCUGACCGCCAUCAUCACAGGCGCCAAUGGAAUCUCCGGUUACCAUAUGCUUCGUGUCUUGGCUCAGGACCCAGAUAGGUGGACUAAGAUAUAUUGCUUAUCGAGACGACCUCCAGCGAUUCCGGGAGGGCUUCCAAGCAAUGCCGAGCAUAUUGCUCUUGACCUCUUGAAGAAACCGGGUGAGAUCGCGGAGGUGCUCAAAUCGAAGGGAGUUACAGCUGACUACGUGUUCUUCUUCGCGUACAUCCAGGUAGCACCGAAGCCAGGAGAGAGACUCUGGUCCGACGCGGAAGAGAUGUGUCGAGUGAACACUGCUCUCCUUUCCAACUUCUGCGACUCCCUCCCCCUCGCCUCCAUCAACCCCAAACGCAUCCUCCUCCAAACCGGCGCCAAAAACUACGGCGCCCACGUCCUCCCCCAGACCCCCAAACCCCUCCGCGAAUCCCUCCCCCGCGUCCUCCUCGCCCCAAACUUCUACUACACCCAAGAAGACUUCCUCGCCGCCUUCUGCGCCACCCAGCAGCACACCUCCUACACCAUCACGAUGCCCUCGUACAUCCCCGGCGCCGUCCCCGACGCCGCCAUGAACGUCGUCCUGCCCCUCGGCAUCUACGCCGCCGUCGGCGCGCACCUCGCCGAGCCGCUCGUCUACCCCGGCACGGCCGCCGGGUGGCGCGCGACGCAGUGCCAGAGCUCGGCGAUGCUGAACGCGUACAUGGCCGAGUGGGCUGUGUUUGUGCGCGACGAGGACGCGGCGGGGGAGAAGUUUAACUGCUGUGAUGGCAGCGCGUUUACGUGGGGAGGGCUGUGGGAGGCGUUGGCGGGGUGGUAUGGGAUGGAGGUGCUGGGGCCGGGGGAUGGGGAGGAGUGGGAGCGGAGGAAGAUGGGGUUGACGGCGUGGGCGAAGACGGAGAGGGUGCGGAGGGCGUGGGGGGAGGUGGCGGAGAGGUGGGGGUUGGUGCAUGGGGAGUUGUGGGAUGUGGAGAGGUUGUUUGCGUUUACGGAGGGCGCGUUGGGGGGUGUGGAGACGGAUUAUAGCAUGGAUAAGAGCCGUAAGCUGGGAUGGUUCGGCACGGUUGAUACCACCGAGUCGAUACGGAAGGUGCUGGAUGAGUUUGCGGAAUUGAAGAUGAUACCGCCAGUGCCGAAAAGGUGAGCGUAAGAGAGGAUGUGCAACUUGAAUCACCAAAGGUUUACCUACAAAUGACGCCCAAAACAAUAUUGUCGUAGAGUAUGUACAAGAAUAUCCUAUAAAAGCCCUGCUUUCUACGCAUUCAUUUCUCAUCAGACUGAGGUCAAGAAAAUCAUUCUGCGUGCCCCACUACAGGUGGGGUGGCGGAUGCCUUAGCACAUGACUGUUUGGAAAGGAAAGUUUUGGCUGUUGUUGAAAGGAAAGUGUAGAGCCCAGAGG